AGAGAGUGUGUGUGUUCGUGUUUUUAUUGACAUGUUAAGCUCGUUUAAUUGAUUUUUUUGAUAAAGUGUUAGUUAAUUGUUUUUAUUAAAGACGUUUUACCCGAAAGAAAAACAAAAUCAGGGAAAAAAACGAAAAGUCGGGAAACUUUUCUCCAGAAUGUUUCCCUGCACCGCGCUGCCGCCUCCUCUCUACCCGGGCUUUCUGCCUCUUCCUGCGGCCUUCUCUUCACCCCUGACCCGCUCUCUCCGCUCCGGCUUCCUGGUGGAGGAUCUGCUCGCUCUCAGCCGGCCUGUCGGCUACUGUCACCGGGCUCUGUCCUCCAGGAGUCCCGCGGACCCUCUGCCGCUCUGCCCGCCGCCGGGCGCCUCACCCCGGGUGUCACAGCCGAGCAGCUCCGGGUCUCAGCGGAGCUCCGGCCCGGACUCGGGCUACCUCAAGUUCGGCGUCAACGCCAUUCUGGCCCCGUCCACACACAGCGGCCACAGUUUUCACACUAAAUCCUUCCCUUUGCCUGUUUUUGAUGGACGAGAUCUGCAUCCUUUCAUCAGAGCCACUUAUUUCACAGCGUCGUCCUCCAUUGUCCCUGUCCCGGGAACGUUCUCAUGGCCUCUGGCUCCCAGAGGGAAGCCCAGGAGGGGCAUGCUGCGACGGGCCGUCUUCUCUGACAUCCAGAGGAAGGCGCUGGAGAGGACCUUCCAGAAGCAGAAAUACAUCAGCAAACCAGAGCGCAAGAAACUGGCAGUGAAACUGGACCUUAAAGACUCGCAGGUGAAGAUCUGGUUCCAGAAUCGCAGGAUGAAGUGGAGAAACUCUAAAGAGCGGGAGCUGCUGUCGUCGGGCGGCUGUCGCCAGCAAACCCUUCCCACCAAAACCAACCCACACCCGGACCUCACUGACGUCGGUCACAGGGCGGCGGCACCUGUCACCGCCGCCGCCAGAGUUCACACCGAUGACCACAAGUCCAGUCUUCAUCAUCAUCAUCAUCAUCAUCAUCAUCACAAUCCUGCGUCUCCGUCAGAGUCAGACGUCUCCGAGUCAGACCGAGAAGAAAUCAGUGUCUGUUAACUCGUUGUGAAGGGACUCAUGCGUUCACACUGAUCACGUGAACACAUGAGUGCAAACUGAUCACGUGGGCUCAUGUGUUCACGCCGAUCACAGUGGAGUGACCAGAGUCAGCAGGGGGCGCUGUGUGUCAGCGUUUGUUUAACUCACUUUACACACGACUCACAUCAUAUAAACCUAUGGUUCCCAAAGUCUGGGUCGGGACCCACAGAUGGGUCACAGGAGAUUUUAUUGUAUGUUUUAUGAAACAAUUUUGUUAAAAAGUGCCUUAAACUUUGCUGUUAAAUUCGGACUUGACAAACAGCGCCCCCUCUGUCUGUAAAUAUGUUUUCAUUUGAACUCAACU